AUGCAGGACCACCAUCGCCCGCUGCCGUUGACGGCGUCGCUGCCCAUCUGUGGCGCGGAGGACGGCAGGGGCAUUGUUAUGGUGCCGCCCGUCUCGCAGCCGUGCGAGGGGGCUGUGAUUGGCGAAGACUACGUGCAGAUGCUUCUCAACACAAUACGCGAGCAUGACGCGGAGAAGCUCUCGUUGCUGCAGCGCAUCAAUGACUGCAUUAAGCCUGAACAGGCCGAGGUGCAGCGUCUUCGUCAGGAAAUAACGCAGAAGGACCAGGAACUUGCGCAACUACGGCAGGAUAUAUCUGAGAAGCGCCUGAUGUUGCAGGAGGAACGAGAGCGUUCCAAUCGUCUCCUCCACGAGAGCACCGUUCAGCACGCACAGGCGGAGGAUGACCGCGCGAGAAUUGCCUCACUCCUGCGACUGCGCCACCAAUGGAAAUCAGCAGCACCAACCGCACUAUCACCGGACGCCACUGCUGUUAGUGGUGGAUGGCAUGCGCCGCACAGUGGUGACAAAAGUCAUUCGCCACCAGUGGAUACUACUGCCGCAGCCACAGGUAGGCGCGGCUCUAGCUCUCAGCGGCGACGUAGCGGCGGCGGAGGUGGUGGUACGAUGAGUCUGCGCCAGGCUGUGCUGAACCAACAGUCAGCAGCAUCAUCAUCAAAGGGAGAUGCACUGCCCCCUGAGGCGGAGGCGGCGGUGCAGGAGGCGCUGCGGCCACCGCCGUCCUCCUCUCUUGUCACCGCUCUGAGUGAAGAAGUGCGUAUGCUGCAGGAGCAGCUGGAUGCGCAGCGUUCUACAUAUGAGCACGAGCGGGCGAAGCGACUGCACGAGGAGCGUGAGUGCACACGCCAGCACGCGGAAGAGGUGGAGCGGUAUAUCGCUACAAUCGAUCACCUCCACUCGCUACACCAGACAAGCCUCGCGGACCUCAUCCGCAGCCGCCACGAUAUGCAGAUUGAGCAGCGGCAGCUUCGCGGGAUGAUCGAGAAGCUGCGCGUCUCACUCGACGAGGCAUUGACAGCGCUGGAGGAGGAGCGGCGGCGGCACUCCGCAGACCUGCAGCUAGUGCAGCAGCGCACGGACGACAGCGUGGACACAGUGAUGAGGAGACUGCGACAAGAAUUAGAAGAGCGGCGUGCGCUGGCGAUGGCGGAGAAGGAGCAGCACGCUGCCCUUAUUGCUACACGCGAGGCGGAGCUAGUGCGCCUGCGCGAGACGCUGAAAAAGGAAAGGCAGCGGCAACACCGCCUCGAGGAGCGCCACCGGCUGGAGAUGGAGGGUGUCAACAGCGAGGUGAAUCUGAUGCGGCAGGCGCUACGGGCGAUGGANACCGCCUCGAGGAGCGCCACCGGCUGGAGAUGGAGGGUGUCAACAGCGAGGUGA